UGACUCCAGGGCCGGCCGCCUGACAGCCCCCUCAGGGACUGUGGUCUGAAAUGGCUAAGGAGGAAGAAGAGAGAGACUUGGAGAAAUUUCUCAAGAAUGUGGAUGAAAUCUCCAAUUUGAUUCAGGGACUGAGUUCUGAUGACAUCACUGUUCGUGAGAGAGCCAUGACCGAGGCAGAGAACAGACUGCAGCUUCCAGAGGAUCAAGAGGAAGAAGAAUGCAGGACCACUCUGAACAAAACAAUGAUUAGUCCUCCACAAGUUCCUGCAAAGAAUGUAGAUGAUACAAACCAAGAUGGCUUCAUGGAAGUAUUAGAGAAAGACGCCAGAGAACGAGCUCAGAGAAGAAAAGAAAACAAAAGCCUAGCAAAUGCCUUGAAAGAAAAAGGGAAUGAAGCUUUUCUGAUGGGUGAUUACAGGACGGCUGUCCAGCACUACAGCCAGGGACUGAAGAAGCUCAAGGACAUGAAAGUGCUCUACACCAACCGGGCCCAGGCUUACAUAAAACUGGAAGAAUACGAAAAAGCACUGGUGGAUUGUGAAUGGGCUCUGAAGUGUGAUGAAAAGUGCACAAAAGCAUAUUUCCACAUGGGAAAAGCUCACCUGGCCCUGAGGAACUACAGAAUGGCCAGGCAAUGCUACCAGAAGAUCUUAGAAAUAAAUCCCAAAUUGCAAACCCAAGUGAAAGAUUCUCUCAAUAAAGUGGACCAAAAGGAAAAAGCUGAAUUACAAGAGAAAAUAGCCCUAGAGGAGCUGGAGUCAGGAAAGGAAUCGGCGGUAACCACCAAGAACCUGCUCAAGUCCCUCUCUAAACCUGAUCAGACCCCUUUGUUCUAUGCAGGGGGUUUGCAGCUUCUCACGGAACUCAUGAAAGAUUGCACAGAACAAACUUUAUUUAGAACACAUAAUGGAUUCAGUAUCAUCAAUGACAACAGAAUCAUAAAACGGUGUUUUGUAACAGAAGGAAAAAAUGGAGUUGAAGAGGCUCUUUGUGUUUCUGUUCUCAAACUCUGGAAAGCAAUAUGCGAUGGGAAUGAAGAGAAUCAGCGCCUCUUGCUAACAAAUUCUGACAUGGACCUCCUGCUGCCUUUCCUCCUCAUUUCAAAAGUUGCACCCAUCCAGCAGCACAGCCUGACCCUUCUGCUCCUGUUAUGUCAGACCCAGAAUGGAAGAGUCUUGGUCUUGAACCAUAUGGACUUGACCAGGUUGCUGCAGGUCUUUGUGGCAUUUGUCAAUUCUUCAGAAGAGAAGGAUGCUCAAACUGUGAUACAACUACUCAAUGGCUUAGCCCUGGAGGAAAGAUUCAAAACCAAGCUCCAAAGCAACCUAAGUGCUCUUCUCACACUCAUAAGUAUGCUGGUAAGCAAGAAAAAUCCUGAGAAUGCCUAUCCAUCAAUUCUCUGCCAGUGCAUUGCCAUCAUGGGAAACCUCAGUACUGAUGCUACUAUCAGGAAACAGAUGUCUGAUUGUGGAGAAUGCUGGGAUGCAUGCUUGGGUCUCAUGGUGAAGUGUGAGAAAAAUGUUGCUCAGUUUCGGGAAACCUUAUAUGCCACUCUCGGUCUCAUGAUGAAUUUGUCUCUGGAGUUUCUUUCUAUAACUGAGAUCCUAGCAGAAGAAGUGAGCAAGAGAUGUGUGUCUCUGCUGAGCUGUGAAGAUGGAGGAAUCCUGACAAGAGCUGCUGGGGUUCUAAGCCGGGUCCUCUCAGCCUCCUCGAAAGCCAUUGAGGAGACAGUGAAAGCAGAUGUGAUAAAGACAAUGAUCAGGUUUUUAAAGGCUGGAGGCCAGACCGCUUCACGCUAUGCCAUAAAGAUAAUAGCUGUCUGUACUAAUAAUUGUUAUCAAGCUCGAGAAGACGUAGCAAGACUGGACAAAAAGUUUAGUAUUUUGAUCAAGCUGCUCGACUCAGAAGAUGAGAUUAUUGUGGGAAAUGCAGCCCUCUGCAUUGGUAAUUGUGCAGAGGUGCCUGGAAUCGCCUUUGUCCUGCUCAAGUCUAAUAUCGUAAAGAUAUUGUUAAAACUUGCAGGUGGUGAUUCAAAGGAAACAUCCGUGCAGCUGAAUGCGGGGAUUGCCCUGGGAAAACUGUGCACAGCUGAACCAAGGCAUGCUGUUCAACUUGAAGAGCUUCAUGGGAUUGAGAUCCUCAAUUCAACCAUGAAAUACAUCAAAAAGACUUGAAAGGUGUCACAUCAUGCCCAUAUUUGAAGGAGACAUUUGCUUUAUACCACUGGUUUUAUUCUCAUGGUAAUAAAGUUAUUAUUUUAAUAUA